AUGCAUGACGACCAUGACAGCCUCAAAGCAGGUGAUGUUCGCACUUGGAGUUUGAUUGUGGCAUUGGCCGUGGGCUGGGCGAUGCUGGUGCGAUUCAGCAGAAUCAGAUGUGACAAGGUGUUGCGCGGACUACUAUGCUGCCGAUUCGUUGCAGCAGGGUGUUGCUUGAUUCUCCGCCUGUACUUUUACCUGAUACAAAUGACGCUGAAACUGAUCACUGGCUUGCACAUGGUUCGUAGGUUUUCUCGCCGUGUCUUUUCCUUGAAAGGCACUUUUCGUGUAUUUGGGCACAGGAAAGCUCGUGAGGCGAAUCGAGCAGACACUAUGCGCAUUGGCCCUGCGCAUUCUGAAUGGUUGCGGAGAUGCCGCCGACUUAACAUCGGUUUGAAAACCUCAAGACGGCUUUGGAAGCUGGUGAUACGUGGGCUUGAGCUGGCAAGCGCGGGACAAGAGCCUGAAGCUCGAGCUGUGUUUGACCAGCUUGCCCAAGAAAUCCAGAAACGAUUCCCGCAAAACAUACGAGAACCAUAUGUUUUCUGGAGUGGGGCGCACUCAAAACAGCAUGCUCAGGGCUUGGGCUACACCAUGGAGAAGUCGCCAUGGGGACGCCUGUUUGAUGGUUGGGACCUUUCUGAUGAUUGGCACUGUGUGCGGCCGCUUUGGGCAUCCCUUUCACGUGCCUUUGCCGUGCAGGCCUGCAGUUUGCCGAACAAGCAUGCCAUGCCAGCAACACAAUUUUCCUUACAGAAGAAUUUCCCAUCCUCUCUUGGGGCGAGGUGCAGCUGCAGUACGAACUCGUUCCUCCAUGUGUGGCAGGGGAGAUGA